AUGAUAUUAUCCAUAGUUAUAGAAGUUUUAUUUCCGCGUGGAACUCAUCAACUUGAACAAGGAACAAGACGCCCAAUUCCUGCAUCCCCAUUCCUCAUCUUGGCCGUCCCAAUAUCCCACGACUUUUGCGUUUUCCCAAAUGACGAGGUCGUUCACUUGUUGGAAUUAGCUGAGAUAGCCGAGAUAUCCAGAACAUUGUAG